AUGUUCAUUUACGUAAUGCGGUUGCUCUCUCUCUCUGGCAGCGUGACCUUGAAGGCGGAGCAUGGGGACAUCUUGGUGGACUAUUCAAAGAAUCUUGUUACAGAAGAAGUUAUGAAGUUGCUGGUGGAACUGGCCAAAUCAAGAGGCAUUGAAAAAGCUAGAAAACAAAUGUUCACUGGAGAAAAAAUCAACUUCACUGAGAACCGAGCUGUGCUCCACAUUGCUCUCCGGAAUCGCUCAAAUGCUCCAAUCUUUGUUGAAGGCAAAGAUGUCGUUCCAGAAGUGAACCAAGUAUUGGAGAAGAUGAAGAAUUUCUGCCAGAAAGUCCGUAGUGGUGAGUGGAAAGGCUACACUGGAAAAACCAUCACUGAUGUGGUCAACAUUGGCAUUGGUGGUUCUGACUUGGGGCCCCUCAUGGUGACUGAAGCACUGAAGCCUUAUUCUAAGGGAGGCCCUCGUGCUUGGUUUGUGUCCAACAUCGAUGGCACUCACAUGGCCAAGACUCUUGCGGAGCUGAAUCCUGAGACAGCGCUUUUCAUCAUUGCCUCCAAGACUUUUACCACUCAAGAAACAAUCACAAAUGCUGAAACUGCCAAAGAAUGGUUCCUUCAUGCUGCUAAAGACCCUUCUGCAGUGGCCAAGCACUUCGUCGCCCUCUCUACCAAUGGGCCUAAAGUCAAAGACUUCGGAAUUGACACUGAAAAUAUGUUUGAGUUCUGGGAUUGGGUUGGUGGACGUUACUCACUGUGGUCAGCCAUUGGCCUCUCCAUCGCUCUGCAUAUUGGUUUUGACAAUUUUGAGAAACUGCUUGCUGGAGCCCACUGGAUGGACAAUCACUUCCUCUCAGCCCCCCUAGAGAAGAAUGUCCCUGUGCUGCUGGCAAUGUUGGGGGUCUGGUACAUCAACUGCUACGGGGCAGAAACCCAUGCACUUCUGCCAUACGACCAGUACAUGCACCGCUUUGCUGCUUACUUCCAGCAGGGGGAUAUGGAAUCAAACGGGAAGUACAUCACAAGAAAGGGCACUCGUGUGAACUAUAAUACUGGACCAAUUGUGUGGGGCGAACCUGGAACCAACGGCCAACAUGCUUUCUAUCAGCUGAUUCACCAAGGUACUCGCAUGAUCCCUUGUGAUUUCCUGAUCCCAGUCCAGACACAGAAUCCAAUCAGAAAUGGCCUGCAUCACAAGAUUCUUCUAGCCAACUUUCUCGCUCAAACAGAGGCAUUAAUGAAAGGAAAGACAACAGACGAGGCCCGCAAAGAAUUGCAGGCUGCUGGACUGAGUGGAGAGGCUCUGGAGAAACUGCUUCCACACAAGGUCUUUGAAGGAAACCGCCCAACCAAUUCCAUUGCUUUUACUAAACUUAACCCAUUCAUUCUUGGAGCCUUAAUUGCAAUGUAUGAGCACAAGAUCUUUGUUCAAGGAGUUAUGUGGGAUAUUAAUAGCUAUGACCAGUGGGGUGUUGAGCUUGGAAAACAACUGGCAAAGAAAAUUGAGCCUGAACUGGAGUCAGAUGCACCAGUCACCUCCCACGAUGCCUCAACUAAUGGGCUGAUCGCCUUCAUCAAGAAGCACCGAGCCUGACCGCAACAGGAUGCCUGAUGCCCAGAUCACUGUUGUAGCUGCUGCUCUUUUAGCCCCUUCCCCCAAGGUCAUGCUUCGCACCAGUUCUGGCCUCGUCGUCGUUCUUGAUGGUUAGCUUUAUUGCAUCAGAAGCAGUAUCACAAAGGAACCCUAAAAAAAAAAAAAGUCUUGCUAAAUCUGGAAAUUUGAUCUUGUGAUGGUUUCAUGGCAACUGUGAUAGUAGAGCACCGUGUCCCUCCUGUUUCAAUUCCCAUGCCUGGCCCUGCUGUGGAACAGGAGCAGCGUGUAGUGGGUGGUUAAAUCCUUUCUCAUGUUGUCUUGUGAAGCCCCACCCUUACUUGUACACAAUUAAACUAGAAUCAAUUAUAA